GAGAGAGAGUACAGUGGACUCGCUGAGUCGGUCGGUCGGGAGGUGGGAACUCGGAAGCCCCGCUUGGCCAUGGAGGCGAGCCAACCCUUCUCCGACUCCGACGCGACGAGCAGCAGCCUGUGCCACCCCGUAGCAGUCGCAGUGGCGGUAGCAGGGCAAACCGUGGCGGCCGCUGAGGUGGCCGCGCUCAGCCGCCUGUCGGAGCAGCUCGGAUUCCUCCUCCGCUCCCCCGGCCUCUCCUUCUGCUCCGACGCCCGCAUCACCGUCCGAUCCUCGGGCGGCGAGCCCCCGCGGGUGGUGCCUGUCCACCGCUGCCUCCUUGCGGCCCGAAGCCCCUUCUUCCGUGACAAGUUCGCGGGCGGGGCGGCGGCGCUCGAGCUCGGCGAGAUGGUGAACGGCUUCGAGGUCGGGUGUGAGGCACUGGAGGCGGUGCUCCAGUACGUCUACACCGGCCGGCUGGAGGAGCUGCCUCGGGGCGUGGCUGAGUGCGUUGACGAGGGCUGCUGCCGCCACGAGGCCUGCUGGCCUGCCGUUCAUUUCAUGCUCCAGGUCCUCCAUGCUGCCUCCACCUUCGAGAUCAACGAGCUCGUUAGCCUCUUUCAGCGGCAGCUCCUCAAUAUUCUUCAGAAGGUAGCAACAGAUGACAUUCUGAUGAUUCUAUUGGUUGCAAAUUUGAACAAUAAGCUGUGUCAGAGAUUACUUACGAAAUGCAUCGGGAUGGUUGUCCAGUCCGAUAUCGAUUAUGUAGCCCUAAAUAAAAAGUUGCCCCCAGAUAUUGUCGAGCAGAUUAAGCAGUCCCGGUCAAACUUCGGAUUGGAUGGACAAGAGAACCUUGAAUUCCCUGAAAAGCAUGUGAAGAGCGUAUAUGGUGCUCUCGAUUCAGAUGAUAUCGAAUUAGUCAAAUUGCUUCUGGAGGAGGGAGGUACCACUCUUGACAAUGCAAAGGCUCUACAUUAUGCGGUCGCUUAUUGUGAUUCUAAAAUUACAAAAGAGCUUCUGAGUCUUGGGCUUGCGGACGUUAAUGGCAGAGACCACAGACAUUACACGGUGCUCCACAUUGCUGCAAUGCGUAAAGAACCUGAAAUCAUAAUGUCCUUGCUGACGAUGGGAGCUCGCCCUUUUGACCACACAUCGGAUGGAAGGACAGCUCUUCAAAUCUCCAAGAGGCUUACCAGAUCUACAGACUAUUAUAGGUCAACCGAACAAGGCGAACCUUCCCCGAGGGAACGACUAUGCAUCGAGAUGCUAGAACAAGCUGAAAUGAGAGAUUCAUUCAUGGAAGUAACUUCAGUUCCAGUCGAGAUGAUCAGUGAUAAUCUGCAAGAGAGGUUAUUGUACCUCGAAAGCAGAGUUUGGCUAGCAGAGAGUUUAUUUCCGACGGAAGCAAAAGCUGCCAUGAACAAUGCUAAUGUGGAUGGCACACUAAGAUUCAAGUCAAGUUGCUUGACAAAUCUCGUUUCUGGAAACAAGAGGUCAGCCGAGGAUGUGGUAAAAGCAUCUUUUAAAAUGACAGAAAAGGACUUCUCGCGGAUGGAAGCUCUAACAAAGACAGUGCAACUUGGGAUGCAUUUCUUCCCUCGGUGCUCCAAGGUAAUCGACAGGUUCCUGGGAGAUGAUCUGUCGGGGCUAUCCAUAGUGGAGCACAUCAACACUGAAGAGCGAAAGAACAGAUACAAUGAGAUUCUGGAAGAGAUGAACAUGGCAUUUACCCAAGAUAAGAACGAGAAGGCGUUCGCCGGAUCUGCCGCCUCCUGCUCUGCCGCUUUGUCUUCUAAAUCUGUUCGAGCAGCCAGGAAUAAGGUUGCCAAAAAGUGAUAUGGGGUAUCGUUUUCCUCCUCUCUCUCUCUCUUCUUUUGACCCUUAGCUUUAUGCAGCGGAUGAGCUUAGUUUAAGGAACAUCUGUUUCUUUCCUUGCGUGGAGGUGGAAGAUGAGCACAAUGCCGUGAACGUUUGCAUGUUUUGAUGAUACCUGCAGAUGAAUCGAGUCAUGGAAAUAUAGAUAAACUGUAAUCA